CUUAAACGAGUGACAAAACUUAACUGAUAAGUAAAGUUUUAUCUUGAACAGGUUAGUAAGUUGGUAACUCUUACUAUGCCAAACGAAUUUGAAGUUCAAAACAUGUGAAGAUUACCAGUAUGAUAACAAUGAAGUUCAGACAUGCUGUUUGAUUGAGUGAGUCAAAACCUUGCAGGCCGAAGAAGUAGAAUUUCAAGUGUAGCUGUAUAAUCUAGUACAUAUCAAGUCAAAAGAUAAUUAUUCAAGAGUAAUAGAGUCAUCCCUGAUACAUAGGGAUCAGCUAGUUUGAAAUAAUUACAUGAGGUUGCGUCAUGUGAAUUUUCACAAUUCUGUUUCCAUGUGGAUUUAUUUUGGAUUGCGUUGUUCUUGUUGAUACUUUUGUCAUAGUCAAACUCUAGAACUCUAGAAGUACCGUUGUGAAAUUUCGAAAUUCUUAUUUGGUCACGUCCUUCCUGUUCCUGUUAUGCAUCCCAAUAUGAAGAUGCCAUAUGUGCAUACUCCUUAUGUCCAUAAAUUUUGUAAUAAUUUUGAAAAUACACAGCGAAUAAAGGAAUAGGCAUGUAACUAUGUAUUACUAAUUUACUAUAUUGACUAGUCACAUAGAGAUACCGAUGUACGGUUCUAAUGCAAUUCUGACCAUAUUAUGGAAUGGCUGAAGUUAGAAUUUGUUUACUAAUUUCAUGAAAUAUUUCUUCAUGGGGUGAUUAGCUUCUGUUAUUCCAGAUUGGGAGCAUUUAGUUGUCACCUUGAGGAUAAUUUCUAGCUUCAUACGUUUUUCUUGUCUUGCAGUUAGACUUGGGUAGUGUUUGAGUAAAAUUGACUCUUAGGUCUGUAGGCGUCUCAAGGAAACUCUAUCGUUUACAAUAAUGUCAAACCUUUGAUAUCCUGUAUUUCAUACAUCAAGAACUGGAGUCUAAACGCUUUUCUUUGAGAAGUUUAUUUCCACAUUGUGCUUUACUCAAUUCUCUGUCAUCGAGAAAGUAGACUCUGCAUAAGGUCAAGUCAGAGAUUUUAUGUUGUGGAUUACUGGAUUGAUUGAAGGAUAAACACUUAGUAGUAACUUGCCGCCUUGCUGGCCCUGAGGUCUUAGUAUUCUAGUGACUAGCACACUAAACUGAUAAAAGCAUAGGUCAAGAUCUCUAAAUUAUCUACUUCAAACACUAGAAUCCUAAGUAUCGUUUUAAAAGAGUAAAGCCCUGCUUUCACCUUCUGGGCCAGAAAGGGUGAUACCUGUGAACACAAGUCACAAGGUACACAAAUUUAGUCCUUCCUGUACUGUGAUACAGUUUCUAGCCUUGACCAGAAGUUGGUAGAUAUCAAGUUAAGGACGUAACAAUUGACGAGUACUUUGUAAUGACAGUCAAGAAAUACGGUCCUAAGAAAUGCUUAUCCUAGAAAAACGGAAUGCAGAGUAAUUUGGGGACAACAGGCAGUUUGACUGUUGGUAGUAUUGUCAGAAACGACGUCCAAGAGUUAUUAGAAAAAGAUGAAGCUCAAACAUCUGUUAGGAAUCAGGAUAAUCUUAAUGACAGCGUAGCUUUCAGACUGGAUAACUAGUGACUGCUAGAGCAUGGUAUUAGAUGUGGUGAACCAAAUAAAAGUUGAGUCAAUAUACAAAAACAGAUUGAUGAAGAAUAACUACGAGAAACAGGAUAAAGAUCAAGACACAGUGAAAGUAGGGAUUAUAGAAGUCCGGGGUUAAUCACAGAGGUUAUUGAUGACAAAUAGCUAGCAGUUAAUUAUGUAGAUAUAUUGAAUGGAUAAGAAGAAAUAGUGGUUAAAUCCACGGUUCUAGUACCAGCUCUCCAGUAGAACAUAUUGACCUAAUUUUUUCCUUUCUGGCUUUCCAUAUACUGAGCUAAUUAAAGUCAUUGGACAUUUCCGAAUCUAGAAAUGCAAGAGGUGCCAUGAAUUGAGUCAAUUGACUGCACAUUGUUUCCCCACCUAAUCUUCCCAUGUAUGAGAUGCAGUACUUUGGACUGCUAAUGAACCAACAAUUACAUCUUAAUUCUAGCGGUUAUUGACCUCAAAUAGUACUUCACUUCUGAAAAUUCGUUAGUAAUAGGGUAUCAGGGUAUGUAUGAUUGAUGAUUUGUGAACAUCAAUUAGUAAAAGAAUAUCAUUUGGUACAUUCUUAGAUUACACCUUUAUCAAAGCUCUGGCAUGUUUUCUACAUUAUUCCUCUUUUAUUUUGUGGUAUCAGUAUCCUUCCCUGAAAAUUGGUUUCCUAGAGCUGGGUUGUUACUUCCGGAUAUUGUGAGCAAUCUUUUCCACUUUUGCUAAAUUGGUUUCUAUUAUUAUAGGGUGAUGCAACUGGCUUGAUUUCCUCUAGACUUUGUAGUGCAUGUUUAGAAUGUUGGUUUAUGUCCCUCAAAAAAAAAAAAAAAGAAAAAGAAACAAAGUGGUUUACUUUGUGGUGAAACUGGCUUGAUUUCUUCUGCUUUUAUUUCAAUGUGAAUUUACUUAAGGAACCAGCUUUAUUUGAUAUUUGGCUGAGCUUGUUCAUGAGCACAAUGGACCACAUGCAGUCCUAUUAUAUUGUGCUUGAAGCUAAAAAUGCAGAUUAAUGUUUUAGUGUUUCCCUUUUGCAAUUCCUGUUGGAUGUGUUCUAUUGUGAUAUGGAACUUGUGGCUGUUGCUCUCUUAGGACUACAGCCAAAUAGACACCGGAGAUUUACAGAAUGGUGACUUACUGACUUGUGUUAGUCUUUUUUGGAGUUUGUCCCUUGACCUGGUUCCGUCAUCGCCUCCCCCCACAAAACAGAGACAGAAAAACUAACAAAUUAUUGUGGACAAAAGAAAGUAAUUUUCUAUUUUGAGGGUGAGUUUGCUUCUGCUUUGGUUAGACUGUGUGUCCAUACUUAACUUACUCUUCCUACUCUUACCAUCUUUUCAUAAUAUGGAAGGAAUUUGUGAGGAAAACGUUUGGCAAACACCGGAUGUCAAUUUGUUAAUCUGUUUUCCUGUUCCGAUUUGCUACUGUUACUGUCCUGGAAAUUGGACGUGUUUAAGAGCCGAGAGUUUCUUGAAUUUUUAUUCUUCUCUGUGAAAAAGCUGUUACAUUUUAACCAUCCUAUUCAGAGAUCAAUUUUUUGAUGUUCUAUCUAAUCCUGAUAGAGAAAGGUCAAUCCUCUUUAUUCCCAUUGGCUGGUUCCUGUAGAUUGUUAUUUGCAACAGCAUCUGUUAAUAAGUAGUCAAGCAGUAAAUACGCUGCUAUUACAUUGUGAACUCCGUUCGAUUGUGAUACAUUACAUACUUGCCCUUCUGGAAAUGAAGUAUGCAAUCGUAGAGAUGACAUUGAUCCGAGGACACAUACUGCACACUGCAUGAAAUUUUUCCGAACAUGAGUUCGACAUGAACACGAAUACGAGUGUCAUGAGCACGACGGGAUUGACCAAUAUCUGCUCGACAACGCUGAGCUUUACAGUAGUGUGUCUGUCCUUAUGGCCGAACAAGAUGAUCAGAGUGAGUCAGAGAAGGCGGCACCACUGUCCGUAGAAGAGGUGAUUGAGGGGAGUCUAGGACGGAUGAACUGCACUCAGAUGCUGCAAGCCAUCCUUGCAUCAAUUCCUCCUAUUUUUGAUCAGCAACAGACAUUUAUCAGUGUAUUUACAGAUGCUCAACCAAUAUGGCAUUGCAUCAAUGGUAAUCAAACAAACAGUAAGUGCACCAACACCUCCAAUAUUUGUAGCCUUUCCAAGAGGGAGUGGGCUUGGAAUGGGAAUAAACGCAGCACAAUCAUAUCAGAUUGGGAUCUCCAAUGUGCCACUUCUUUCAUUAAGGGUUUACCCGCAACCUCCUACUUCAUGGGUUGCUUGUUGGGCGGGUUUGUGCUUGCCUCCCUUGGUGAUUCAUCGUUAGGGCGAAAGAACCUCCUCUGUCUCUCAUGUUUGGUUAUGUCGCUGGCUUCACUUGCCUCAGCCUUUUCUCCAAAUAUCUGGGUUUACUCCGUAUUCCGCUUCAUUGCUGGUGUUGGUCGUGUUUCCAUUACCAUUUCAUCUUUUGUCCUUUUAUCGGAGAGGGUCGCCAAGCGGUGGAGAGGCCAAAUCGUUAUGCUCGGUUUCGUCUCCUUAACGUUUGGGUUGUUAUCCUUGACGAGUUUAGCUUACCUGACUCGAGAUUCCUCAUGGAGUACUCUUUACCUCUGCACUUCCAUUCCCGGAAUAGCAUGCUCCGUAUUAGUUUAUUUCUUCCUCUGUGAAUCUCCUAGGUGGCUGUUCAUGAUGGGACGCCAAAUAGAUGCCGUAAAUGUACUGAAAAGAAUCGGGUCCCUGGAUGAUCAAAUCAGCUCAAUGAUGCCAAACAUGCUAGAAUUCAAUCAAGGUAUUACUAUUCCCAACAAUCCCUUUUCAUCAAUCAAGGUUUUAGUGAAGAGAAGAUGGGCUCUUCGUAGGUUAAUAGUAGCCAUGAUACUCAGUUUCGGUGUUGGAAUGAUGUAUUUCGGGAUGUUGUUGGGUGUGGGAGGCUUGGGUGUGAAUAUCUACUUAAGCUCAACAUACAACGCUCUACUAUUCCUUUCAUCAUGCCUGCUUACUUUCCUGUUCUGGAUCCCAAGAUGCAACAGGAGGAGUUCAGUAUUGGGAUUCUGUACAAUCAGUGGUGCUGCUGGUAUAAUAUCCAUUACAGUUGGUCAUCGCCAUAAGGGUAUACAUGUCGGAUUAGAACUGACAGCCCUGUUUUGUGCUUGUAUGGUGUUUAAUAUCUUGUUCAUGUAUGUGGUGGAGCUGUUCCCAACUUGUAUCAGGAACACCGCAGCCUCACUGUCGAGGCAAGCACUUCUGUUGGCGUCGAUUUUUGUGCCGGAGUUGGUGGUGCUAGGGAGGAGAAAUCAACUCUUCUCUCAUGCAGUGUUUGGGGUCACCAUUCUUGUUUGCGGUGUUUUGGUGAUUUGUUUGCCGGAAACAAAGGGUAAGGUGCUUUGUGAUAGCAUGGAAGAACAGGAAGCACAAGACAAGGAGGAUGCCUCCACUUGCAUGCCUAAGUUAUGAUCUCUUCUUGUUCAACACAUUAUAACAUUUUUUUUUUGAGGGAACAACACAUUAUAACAUUUUUUUUUUUGAGGGAACAACACAUUAUAACAUUGUUGUACUGUUGUAUGUAUUGUUCCAUUCUUUUCAGCAACAUCCUUCCGCUUGAACUGUGUUAUAUCUGUUUGUACCAUCUUCCAACCGUCUUUGCCUGAUUGCUACUUUUUAUA